AUGGCUGAGGGGCCGUGGUGGUCCGCGAUCCCCAACGGGACGGACGCCGCCUUCCUGGCCGCCGCCGCCGCCGCGGGUCCGGGCUCCCCGUGGGGGGGCGCGAACAACAGCACGGUCGCCGCCGCCUCCACCACCGCCGCCGCCGCCGCGUUCCGCUGCUCGCUCACCAAGACGGGCUUCCAGUUCUUCUACCUGCCCAUCGUGUACAUCGUGGUGUUCAUCGUGGGCUUCCUGGGCAACAGCGUGGCCAUCUGGAUGUUCGUGUUCCACAUGAAGCCCUGGAGCGGCAUCUCGGUGUACAUGUUCAACUUGGCCCUGGCCGAUUUCUUGUACGUGCUCACGCUGCCCGCGCUCAUCUUCUACUACUUCAACAAGACCGACUGGGUCUUCGGCGACGCCAUGUGUAAGCUGCAGCGCUUCAUCUUCCACGUGAACCUCUACGGCAGCAUCCUCUUCCUCACCUGCAUCAGCGCGCACCGCUACAGCGGCGUGGUGUACCCGCUGCAGUCGCUGGGCCGGCUCAAGAAGCGCAACGCCGUGUACAUCAGCGUGCUCGUGUGGCUCAUCGUGGUCCUGGGCAUCUCCCCCAUCCUCUUCUACUCGGGCACGGGGCUCCGCAAGAAUAAGACCCUCACCUGCUACGACACCACCACCGACGAGUACCUGCGGAGCUACUUCAUCUACAGCAUGUGCACCACCGUGGCCAUGUUCUGCAUCCCCCUCGUGCUGAUCCUGGGCUGCUACGGCCUGAUCGUGAGGGCCCUGAUCUACAAGGACCUGGACAACUCGCCCCUGCGGAGGAAGUCCAUCUACCUGGUGAUCAUCGUGCUCACGGUGUUCGGCGUGUCCUACAUCCCCUUCCACGUCAUGAAGACGAUGAAUCUGCGUGCCCGGCUGGACUUUCAGACCCCGGAGAUGUGCGCUUUCAACGACAGGGUGUACGCCACCUACCAGGUGACCAGAGGCCUGGCCAGCCUCAACAGCUGCGUGGAUCCGAUCCUCUACUUCUUGGCGGGGGACACUUUCCGAAGGAGGCUCUCCCGGGCCACCAGGAAGGCUUCCCGGAGGAGCGAGGCCAAUCUGCAGUCCAAGAGUGAGGACAUGACCCUCAACAUUUUGUCCGAGUUCAAGCAGAAUGGAGACACGAGCUUGUGA